CGUCAACUUUUAUUUCUCAACCUCCAACCACACCAAACAAGGCCCUCGAAUUACUUCAAACAAACGCACCUAGCAGCUGCAAAUUUGUCACUCCCGACAACCUAUAAAAGAGCGUCGGCACUUCCGGUAGUGAAAACAGGACCUGCGAGCAGGAUGCGACCGUCGAUGACAUCGAGCACGGGGCGCGCCGCCGCUCACCUGUGCGCAGCGUGUCGAAGGCAAGCUCGGCGCGCUCUGGUAAAUCGCAGCGUCGAAUCCAUGGCUGCAUUAUCCACGGCACCAGUAGCGACAAUGCGAAGAACCAUCACACCACCGCUCCCGCGCACCGUGGCAACGACCUGGCCUCAGUCCAGAAACGCAAGCACGUCCACCUCCGCCUCGACAUCAUCACCUCCAAAUUCUCCGCCCAUCCCGACCUACUACGCCCUCUUUCCGGAGACGCUUCCCGACGGCCCCCCGCCAAAGGGGAAAUUCUCCAUCGACGUCCGCGCGCUCCGCCGCGAGUUUCUCCGUCUGCAAGCCGCCUCGCACCCCGACUUCCACCACCACGCAGCAGCCUCCCCUUCCUCCUCCUCGUCCUCAAACCCGCAAAAAUCAAUCGCGCGCCUCCGGGCCGAGGCGACAUCUGCACUGAUCAACCAAGCCUACAAGACACUCUCAUCGCCGCUUCUGCGCGCGCAGUACCUGCUGCGGGAGCUGUACGGGGUGGAUCUCGAGGCGGACGAGCGCGGGGCCGAGACGGCGCCGGACGCGGAGCUGCUCAUGACGGUGCUCGAGGCGCGCGAGGCCAUCGAGGAGGCCGAGACCGAGGCCGACCUGGACGAGGUGCGCGCGGCCAACGAGGCGCGCAUCCAGGACUCCGAAGCGGCGCUGGGCGAGGCACUCGAGCGCGGUGAUGUGCAGGCUGCCAAGGAGGAGGCUGUUCGGCUAAGGUAUUGGGUCAAUAUCCGCGAGGGGGUGGAUAAUUGGGAGAGGGGCAAGCCGGUUGUUUUGCAGCACUAGGUUUCCGCAUUCUCGUUCCUUUGCACUACUCGUUUCGGACUCGUUUUCAAGCAACACUGAGCGGGAUCUGUUGUACGUUAGGCAAGAUAGAGCAGGAUAAGCCGUUGAAGAAGCGGCGGCUUCUGGAGUUUGUGGUGCCUGGGGACUAGAGGUCGCUGAAGUUGCUGGGUUCUGGCAUCAUCUGUCGAGAUGUUGGAAGCUUGUUCGUCAGUGUUUGGCUGGGAUACCCUCAUUGUUAAUCAUGUGUUGGCAUUGAAUUGCCGGGGAUACUCCGCUCAGUCUAUUGUUGGUGACAGAGCAGCUCUUGUCUCUUCAGUGACUGAGGGUUGAGUUGGGCGAGAUUAGGGAGGAAUUGCUACGUAUGGAAUGAAAUCUCAA